CGGGAAACCAAAAUGGCGAACGUGCUCGGGGAAAAUGAGCCGUUUGUUAUUUUCUGAGAAGGGUGCAUAGUCGAUACGUUUGGGCUGCUCUCGUUUGCUGUAAAAAAAAUCAACACGCGAAUAUUGACUUUGUUUACUCAAGUGAGCUGUAGAAGCGGAGGUGCCCGAAUGAGAGACUCAGGCGUUUUGAGUCAUCUGUCUGUCGAUGAGAGAUCCCACCCCUCACGGCAGCAGCCUGUUCCCUUGUCCCCCACGAGCCGAGCGAGUGUGGUGUAUGGAGAACAGGACAGGUUCACUGAGGGACAGGACGUCUUGGCCCGGUGGUCCGAUGGCUUGAUCUACUUGGGGACAAUCGCUAAGAUCGAUCGCGAAAAGCAGCGAUGCUUUGUGGUGUUUGAGGAUCGAUCCAAAUCUUGGGUUCUCUGGAAAGAUAUUCAGACAGGAGACGAAGACGAGGAUGACGAGGAUGACGAUGACAUCGUGUGCUCCAUAUGUCAGGAUGAAACGUCCGAGGAACCCAAUGAGAUUGUCAUUUGUGACAAGUGUGGGCAAGGCUACCAUCAGAUUUGCCACUCGCCCAUCAUUGAUGCUGCUGUCAUUGACUCGGACGACAAAUGGCUUUGCUCCGAAUGUCAGCUCAAUGCUUUCCCAAAGCAGGAGGACACACAACACAUGGAACUGUCCUUCCCAUAUGCCCCAGAGGAACUGGAGUGGGAUGAAGACCACCGAACCAACAUGCAGCAGUGCUACUGCUACUGUGGAGGUCCAGGAAACUGGUACCUGAAGAUGCUGCAGUGCAGUAGGUGUGAGCAGUGGUUCCAUGAAGCCUGCCUCCAUUGCUUACCGAUGCCAAUGCUCUAUGGAGACAGGUUUUAUGUUUUCAUUUGCUCUGUUUGCAACGGUGGACCGGAGUAUCUGAGCCGACUGCCUCUCAGAUGGGAGGAUGUGACACACCUGAGCCUGUACAACCUGACUAUGAUCCACAAGAAGAAGUACUUUGAAUCUGAGAUGGACCUGAUGGCCUAUAUCAACAACAACUGGGAGCUGCUACAGCUUGGUGAGCUUUCCAGUACUCCAAUAUCAAUGCGAUUUGCGUGUGUUCUUGAGGCACUAAACAGCAACACAACCAAGUUCAUGUCGGGAAAGGAGGUAAAGAAGAAGAAGCACUUGUUUGGACUGAGGGUUCGAUUCCCUCCCACUCCCCCCAGUGGGGAGCAACCAGCCAGCAGACCCAUGGAGCGCCCCUCAUGUGGGAUCACUGUCAACUCAAGCAAAUUGCCAUCUGGCAUGAGUACCUUAACCAACGGGGCACGGAAGAAGUCCAAAAAGAAGAAGAGGAAGCAAGCAACGCGUGCACUGGAAAGGCAGACGAAACGCAGAUGUUCCAGUGAACUCCUGUCCCACGAACUAAGAAAGCCCACGCCACUAGACUCCCACUCACUGGAUCGCUUUUCUUCUGUCAAGAGUGACAGGUCUUUACUGUCAUCUCAAACCUCAGAUGUGGAGUCUAUCGGAGCCCUGAGCACCACAGAAACUACCUCAACUAGCCUCUCAAGACCAUCCAGCCUAUGCAGCGCCAGCAAGACCCAGUCGACUACUUCCACCAUGCCUCUUUUCCCUCCACCCUUAAAAAGGAAACGCGGGCGGCCAAGGCGAGCCUUGCCGCCUUGCAACCCAGAGAUCCUCUCCCCCAGGCAGGCCGACCCCAAUGCUUCUGGCGCAGAUAUGGCGACCCCUCUCCCGGGACUGCACUCUACAGACAUAGUUCACGGCAUGGACCCCAACAGCCAGCUGUCUCACCUCAAGAGCUCCAUCAGCACCUAUUUUGGGCCAGCGGGUAGGCUGGCUUGUGGAGAGAAGUACAAAGUCCUGGCUCGAAGGGUCACCCUGGAUGGCAAGGUGCAGUACCUGGUGGAGUGGGAGGGUGUCACUGCCUCCUAGACUAUAAGAGGUGUCUUAACUGUACACCUGGCUUUUAAUCAGAGCAUUAAUUUAAUUGUUUGCCUUAUAGCAUAAUUGCAUUGUCAUUUUUUGAAAAACAAGAAAAAAACACAACCAGUUCAACGAACGAGUCUAGUCGUGAUUCAAACUUUGCUGAUUACCAUAACCUAACGUAAAGAAAACAAUUUUUUUUAGCAAGCAUCUUGGUAUUUUUUUUUAAAGUUACAAAUGACUUGGCAAUUGUGCUAUUAGGCUAAUGUAAUAUGUACCUGUUUAGUUUAGACUGGAGUGUUAUGAAGCUUUCUGCAAAGCCUACUGGUUCAGUGCAGUCCACUGUGAAUAUUAUACAUUCAAACAUAUCUUACAGUUCAUUGGUAUAUAUGAGGCUUUGGCAUAUUUGUAUCUCUUUGCUCUUUAGCAAUUUUUUCUUUUGUCGUUGCUUGGAAUGUUUACAACAGGCCCUCAGUUAUGCAUAAAACUGUUCAAUGCACUGCACCUGUAGGCUUUCAAUGAUGGUGUUUUAUUGUAAAACCAGUUAAUACGCGUGUCAAUUUCAAACCAACUGAGUAUAAAAUUACAUUUUCUUUCAAGGAAUGUAGCCUGUGUUAAACUUGUGACAUUGCCAAUCUGGGUGAUGAUAAGGGGAAAUUUUGUUUUGCCACUGAUGUUGCACCGUGAACUUUUGUGUCCACUUGGAUGACAUUUAUUUUUGUACAGUGUUUGCAGAGUUAUAACAUCCCUCUAUACGUGUGUUCCCUAUUCUGUUCCCAUCUGCAAGUACCUCUAAUUGUGUCUGGCAGCCUUCAGUUCAGUUUUGGAAAGUGUGCUCAUUUUUGUGCUGUUCAGGAGACAAUUAAGAGAUGCGCUGCUGCAAAUUGUUGUUUUAUACUGUAUGUUUAAGUAUAAACUACAUUUAUUUUUUACAGUACAUUUUUCCACUUUACUUCCAUGUGUGUCUUUGCUGUUCAGCCUGGUAGAUGCCUGAUUUGGAUCCCACAUGAACAGUAGAAGUUAAAUGCUCAAAAUAUAGCAGCAUUUCUUUAUUAAGUUCUUAAAAAAUAUUUUGGCCUAAAAACAACACAUGUAAUAACUAAAUGUGUUUUUCAGCAGACAAUGUAUUUAGGUCAUUCUAAAAGAUAUUGUUCUGUCAUUGUAGACCCAAAGCUUUACAACAAAAUUCACGUUAUAAAGUGGUGUGAUUUGAAUCUUUAAGGACCUAUUGAGUUUUUACUUUGUUUGAUAAUCAAAAAAAAAAUAAUAAUAAAGUGCUGC